GACGUUGACACUUGACAAUUGAAAAUUGAAAUUUGGGAAUUAGGUGGGUACGAAAAUACAAAAACAAUGCGAAUAUUUAAUUUCUUGUCCAAGAAAGUGGGCGAUUUGACUCUGAAAUAUUCAAAUCUCCCGGAAUCCUAUGUAAAACGGAGUUUUGAACAGGUGUAUUGGAAAAAUCCUAAAGGGUAUCCACAGUACCCAGCAGCUCAGGUUGCCCGCAAGAAGUACCGCUUUACUACAAGCAGGCCAUGGACUGGACAAUUUGCGCGUCAGAAUGAGCGAGGUACACUCAGGAAGAAAGUCUUUCUCGAGCCCGUUGGAGAAUGGAGUUUCUUCAAAGGAGACAGGGUUGAGAUAAUGGUUGGAAAGGAUAAAGGGAAGCAAGGUAUUGUAGCACAGGUGAUACAGGAAAGGAACUGGGUCAUUGUAGAAGGUUUGAACACACAUCUGAGAGUUGUGGGUAAAGACAAGGAUUUCCCUGGAAUAGUUGUACAAUCAGAAGCGCCUUUGCUAGUCACUACUGGUGUGAAACUGGUUGACCCAGAGAGCUUGAAGGCGACGGAUAUUGAGUGGAGAUAUACAGAAGAAGGAGACAAGGUCCGCGUAUCGACAUCGAGUAGCCGAAUAAUACCGAUUCCAAAGUCGGCAGAGGAGACCAUAGACUACAAAAGCAAGGACCUUUACAUAGAGAAUGUAGAUAAAGACACUGUGGCUGCAGAGGCCGCUAAGAUAACUUUCGCGCCAAAACUGUGCACAUUUGAAAUGGACAUAAUGGAGUCUAUGGGCAUCAAAGAGGACAAAGUUCCCGCCAAAUCUUAUUGGUAUUAAUUAAGUUCGUUAUUUUAGAUUAGUGAGAAAUUAUCUGUGUAAAUAUAAGAUUUGAAAAUUUAA